AGCAGAAACGUGUAAUUCAAUUAUAAUAAUAGGAGGAAUAAUUAUAAAAUAUAUCAAAGGUUGAUUCCUAAGUCUCCUUCCUUUUUACACCUCCCAUUUCCAAUCCCUUCAUUUCUCUCUCUCUCUUUCUUUUCUUUCUUUCAUUCUCUCCUUUUCCUCAUUUCUCCUCACAUGUUUUUGUUCUUGAAAUUUCCCCUAGCCGCAUCUCUGUCUUUCUUGUUGUCUGGUUUGUCUAUAUAGAUACUGUGUCAGAGGAGUCAGAACUAAAAUUCUGCUUUUGUCCUUGUGAUAACUUCUGGGCAACUGGCCCCUCUGUGUCAGAAAACAAAAUCUCUCUUCAAUUCCCACAACCAACUAAUUUUUCAUUUGUCCCUCUGAUCCAUCCAAAAAAGGCAAAGCCUACGACAGUUAGUUAUACCUCUUUUCCAUCUUCAUAUCAUAUUCCCCCCCCCCCCCCCAAAAAAAAAAAAAAAAAAAACCCUAGCUAGCUUACUUGUCUCUCUUAUCAGUUUUAUAUCUACUUUCAGCUCAUAUAUUUGUCCCCCAUGAACCCUCAACACCUGAACGCUAGUUCUCUAAAAUCCAGGUUCACCAGAAGGUUCCUUCGGGCUCUGACUAAAAUAAAUGCUCAGAAACCUAUCUCAUCAUCUUCUCCUAGAGAGAUCUUCCAACGUUAUGGAAGAAUUAAGGCUGCAGCUGACAAGUCCAUGGCUAACUCGGUCAGGUCGAGGAGAACCUGGAGUAGGGCUAUGCUUUGGAAGCUUCGAAGCCGGUCUUAUCGUCAAGCCUCUUCAGGCAGAAGAUCAGCAGUCAAGACUAGUACAACUACUUCUCAUCAAGCCAUAAGGAAGAAAACAAAUCAUGAAAAGGAAAACAAGCCCACAAAAACUGGGGAAGAUCAGGUUGGGUUUGUUGUCCAAGCAGAUGAGCUUAGAGAGCUUGUUCCAGGUGGUGAAGCCAUGGAUUUAUGCAACUUGUUGGAUGAGACUGCACAUUACAUAAAGUGCCUUACCACCCAGGUACAAGUGAUGAAAAAAAUUGUCGAUUUCUACUCUCUCUGAGUAAUUAUAUAUAUUCUUAUAAUUAUAUCAACACAUAUGGAAUAAAGAUAUAUAUAUAUAUAUAUAUGUAUGUAUAUAUCCGAGGAACAUAUUGUUAAAAAGAAAAAAAAAAGAAGGUUUAUUCAGAGAUGAGAUGAUUGUCUAAGAUGGUAAGUAUUAUAUUUUCUGUAGAGAGCAGAUAGCCAGCUGAAAUAGUUUCUAAACAGAAAGUGAGUACUAAGUGAAGAAACUUGCACAAUCUCUGUGAGAUAUUGGGAUUUUUUUUUAUAAACUGUUUGUAUAGUUGUUGGUCCUAUAUGCCUUUAUUUACAUACAAUUUGAAGUCAUUACCUGUUAA